AUGGAAGUCUUACAAAAGAUAAUAUAAAAGUCUGGAACCAAUUUAUCUCUAAUUGAAUUAGAAUUUAAGUAAAACAAUACAAAUAUUAGAGACAAAUUGAAAAUCUAUAAGAAUUCCUUCCACUUCUAAUUCAAUUUAAGAAUCUUAAAGAAGUAAAUAAAAUCAAUAUUAUAAUAGUUAAAUUUACAUGGUAAUAGAUUAAGACAAUUACCUGAUGAUUUAUCUUAAUUGAAAUCUUUAGAAACAUUAGAUAUAACUAAUAAUAUGUUUGAAAAUGUAAUUUUAAUUUUAAAUUUAGUUAUAAUAAGUAGUUCAAUCAUUAAAAACAUUGCCUUCUUUAAAUCAUUUGGAAAUAGCAUUAAAAUCUAAAGAUGAAGAAGAGUUAAUAAUUGAAAAUUUACCAUAAUUAGUGAUGUUGAAUUAAUAGCCUAUAAAAAUUGAUGAUUAAUCAGAACAAUAAAGUGAUUUAUAAUCAGAAAGGUCAGCAUCAGGAUUAGAAAUAACAUUAUAACAAGAAGAUCUAGAGUAGAUGGCUGUAAAAACUCUUUUAAAAAUUAAUAGUUACUUCAUGAUAGUAUUAAAGAGUUAAGAAAAGAAGAUGAGGAAUCAGAAAAAUAAAUAUCUUCAAUUUUUGAGAACUCUGUUAAAACUAUAAUGAAAGAAUUAUAAACUAAGUUAGCUUUAAAAACACCCGAACAUAUUACCAAUUUAACAAUUCUAAAAGUUUUAAAUUUAUUGAUUAUAUAGGCUAAAUUCAAUUUAUAUGAAGUUUGCUUUUAAUUAUUUAUAAGAUAUUUUAAAUUGACUGAUAAAAAAUUAGAAUAGAUUUUAACAAAAUUACAUGAUUAGCAUUAGUAAAUAUUUACAGAUAUGUCAAAUGUUAUAAUGAAUGUAAAGGAUAAUUAAUCAAUUUAAUCAAUACAAAAGAAAAUAUAAGAAGCUAAUACAGGAUAAUUAUAUUAAGAUAAGGGAACAGAAUAGCGACUUAGAUAAGAGUUAUAAGAAUUGUAAACUUAUAAUAGAGAAAUUGAAUAAGAAAAUAAAGCUUAUUUAGAAUUAUUGAUUAAAUUUGGAAAAGGUGAAAAGAUUUAAUUAAAUUCAACUAUAAACAAUAGUAAUAAUUAAUAAAAGACUGAUUUAUAAAAUAUUGAUAAUUUAUCUCAAUUGAAUUAUUAGAAUAAUAAUGAUAAGAUUAUUGCUUUAAAUUUGAUAAAACCAUAAUAAACAUAAUAUGCCUCAAUUUAAAAUAAGAAUAAUUAAUAAUAAUCUAAUGUAUUAGUUUAGACACCUUAAUUGGUUAAAAUGUUAACAUUAAAAUAAUUUAAAGAUUUGAUUAUAGAAAUAUAUGAAAGUAAAUUGAAAUUUGAUUAAAAAUGUUCUGAUUCUCAUUUACCAAGAGAAACUAUGGAAUAACAUAUGUAUACAUUUUUAAAUUAGAAAUAUGGUUUAAAAAGUUUAAUACUUGAAUGGGCUUCUUGUAUUAUAAAUGCAUUAAAAAGAUAUGGAAAUGAUGAUAAUGAUGUUGCUGUAUUUGGUAAAAUAUUGAGAAAUGAAUGUGAUGAAGAAUUUAGAUUUUUUUAGGUUAAAGUUAAGAAUACAAUUUUGGAAUUAUUGAAAGUAUAUAUUUUAUAAAAUUAUUUAAGAUGUAUUUAAGAGGGAAAUUCCCUUUAAAGACAAAUGCUGAUAUUAAAGAAAUGAUGGAUUAAAGAUUUAGUAGUUUUAUAUUUUAAGAAGAAGCAGAAGAUAUAAUUAAAUACAUGUAUAAUAAUCAAGAUGAUUCAGAAUUGAUACUUAAAAAAUUAAAAUAAUACUUUAUAUAACCAACAAAAUAGGUAGAGAAAAGAAUGACAAGAGAAGAGUAAUUUUAAAUAGUGAAUGAAAAAGAGAAAUCUAAGAUUGAAUUUUCAAUAUUUUAGAAAGUUAUUUUAGAUUUUCAGAUGAAAUCUCAUGAAAAAUACUUAUCAAAAUUUAUUUAGCAUUUUAGAUAAUUGGAUUAAGAUUAAAAUGGUAUAAUAGAUGAAGUAAGUAUUAUUGAAUAAAAUUAGAACGAAUUUCGAUAGUUGAUUACAGAUUUGAAUAUUGGAUCAAACGAUUUUGAUAUUUAGAGAUAUUUAAAUAAGAUAGAUCCAUAUAAUAAUCAGUAAAUAACAUUUUCAUAAUGUGUUCAAUUGUUUUCUCAGGAGUAAGCUCCAGGAACUAAUGCCCCAAUAAUUCAGAAAAUUUCAUUUGAAAGUUUUUGA